AUGGCUAACCAAACUCGCCCAGUGCAGACGAUGAAUACCACACUGAGCACCGCCCUCGGUCCUGUCGGCACCAACAAUGUCUCAUCUGCUGUUGGUUGGGACCAGCAUCCUGUUCUUGCACGAGCGGCGUCCGUGCCAGCACAAAGAACUCUAGAAGGCUUAUUAAACAGUCUUAGUCAUCGACGCCUCGAACGAGCAACCAGUGACCCUGCACCACCACCCCCACCCGCUACCAGCAGAUAUAAGACAGAACUUUGUCGACCGUUUGAAGAAGCUGGUGUUUGCAAGUAUGGUGAUAAAUGUCAGUUCGCUCACGGAGUGCGUGAACUUCGCAACCUUCAGCGUCAUCCCAAAUACAAGACAGAGCUUUGCCGUACGUUCCACUCUGUAGGAUUCUGUCCAUACGGACCUCGUUGCCACUUCGUUCACAAUGCAGAAGAGGCGAGACGCCGUGAACCUUCAUCUCCGGGUGGAUCGCUCGCAUCUCUGUCCUCAGGCGGAUCACUCGCAUCUUACAUGAGCGAUGGGUCCCGCUCUCCGAGGUCACCGCACUCACCGCUGACUCCACAGUCUCCACUGGCGCCGCACUCGCCGCCUGCAUUAUCACCGCCUGCUCACGCCACUUCCUUCGCUUUUCGUCGUGCACCCUCACCCGAUCCCGAAGACGAGCGGCUGCCUGUUUUUAACCGCCUCUCUUCUGCUUUUGGCGAUAUUAUGAUCGCUUAAGUUCGAGCGGGGUUAGCUAGUCCUAAGAUAAUAAACCGAGCGUAGCGUAUAAGGAUCGUCCUUAGACUACUCGACGUCUUCCAACCCGCGCUCGAGCGCCGUCCCGCUCGUCGCGCCUCACGCCCACACCCGCUCAACGAAUGAUCUCCAGUAUAUCGACACUCUUACUACUUCGCCCUGUAAUGUUAUAAAAUUAUUAAAGUAUU